GGGAGGGGGCCGGCGCAUCCGGGUGAGCGUGCCGCGGCGCCCCCGCCUCGCCAGCCCGCCCGAGCAGCCUGCCCCGCGCAGCCGCACGGGCCGCCGCGCCGAGCACGCGGCGCGCUCCGUGCACCGUGCUGGAGCGGCCUGCGGGGCGGCCCUGUGGCCUCGGGCACGCCGCGCUGAGGCGGCCCUGAGCUAGCGGCGGCGGCGGCAUGCCGGGCGGCCCGGACUAGCACGCCGAGCCCGCGAGGCCCGGCGCGGAGGCGGGAGCGGGCGCGGCGGAGGCGGGGCCCGCCGCGGGCCCGCCCGCCCGCCGGGGGAGCCGCCGGCAGUGGCCGAGGAGGCGGCGCGGCGGACGGCGGCCCGAGAGAAGCGCCCGCGCUGCGGCCCGCGGGACCGCGCCGCGACCGCCCGGGCCGGCCCCGAGGAGCGCUCGGCGCCGCCGCCCGCCGCGCUCGAAGCGAGGAUAUGAAUGUGAUUUCUGAUGAAACUGGAUUGGAAUAAUUUUCAUGAUCUUUGUAUAUUUAUAUAUAUAUAUAUAUUUUAAAAUUUUACAUUUGAUUUAAAGUGCCAUGAGAAAAUUUGCAUACUGCAAGGUGGUCUUGGCCACCUCCUUGAUUUGGGUACUCUUGGAUAUGUUCCUGCUGCUUUACUUCAGUGAAUGCAACAAAUGUGAUGAGAAAAAGGAGAGAGGACUUCCUGCUGGAGAUGUUCUAGAGACAGUCCAAAAGCCUCAUGAAGGUCCUGGAGAAAUGGGAAAGCCAGUCGUCAUUCCUAAGGAAGACCAAGAGAAGAUGAAAGAAAUGUUUAAAAUAAAUCAGUUCAAUUUAAUGGCAAGUGAAAUGAUUGCACUCAACAGAUCUCUGCCAGAUGUUAGACUAGAAGGGUGUAAAACAAAAGUGUAUCCAGAUAAUCUUCCUACAACAAGUGUGGUGAUUGUUUUCCACAAUGAGGCUUGGAGCACACUUCUACGAACUGUUCAUAGUGUCAUUAAUCGCUCACCAAGACACAUGAUAGAAGAAAUUGUUCUAGUAGAUGAUGCCAGUGAAAGAGAUUUUUUGAAAAGACCCCUAGAGAGUUAUGUGAAAAAAUUAAAAGUUCCAGUUCAUGUAAUUCGAAUGGAACAGCGUUCUGGACUGAUCAGAGCUAGAUUAAAAGGAGCUGCUGUGUCGAAAGGCCAAGUGAUCACCUUUUUGGAUGCUCACUGUGAGUGCACAGUGGGGUGGCUGGAGCCCCUCUUAGCCAGGAUCAAACAUGACAGGAGAACAGUGGUCUGUCCUAUCAUUGAUGUGAUCAGUGAUGAUACUUUCGAGUACAUGGCAGGCUCUGAUAUGACCUAUGGUGGGUUCAACUGGAAGCUCAAUUUCCGCUGGUAUCCUGUUCCCCAGAGAGAAAUGGAUAGAAGGAAAGGCGAUCGAACACUUCCUGUCAGAACACCUACAAUGGCAGGAGGCCUUUUUUCAAUAGACAGAGAUUACUUCCAGGAAAUUGGGACAUAUGAUGCUGGAAUGGAUAUUUGGGGAGGAGAAAACCUAGAAAUUUCCUUUAGGAUUUGGCAGUGUGGAGGAACUUUGGAAAUUGUUACAUGCUCACAUGUUGGACAUGUGUUUCGGAAAGCUACGCCUUACACAUUUCCAGGAGGCACAGGGCAGAUUAUCAAUAAAAAUAACAGACGACUUGCAGAAGUAUGGAUGGAUGAAUUCAAGAAUUUUUUCUAUAUUAUCUCUCCAGGUGUUACAAAGGUAGAUUAUGGAGAUAUAUCGUCAAGACUUGGUCUAAGACACAAACUACAAUGCAAACCUUUCUCAUGGUACCUAGAGAAUAUUUAUCCUGAUUCUCAGAUUCCACGUCACUAUUUCUCCUUGGGAGAGAUUCGAAAUGUGGAAACAAAUCAGUGUCUUGAUAACAUGGCUAGAAAAGAAAAUGAAAAAGUUGGAAUUUUUAAUUGUCACGGUAUGGGAGGUAAUCAGGUUUUCUCUUACACUGCCAACAAAGAAAUUAGAACAGAUGACCUUUGCUUGGAUGUUUCCAAACUUAAUGGCCCAGUCACAAUGCUCAAAUGCCACCACCUAAAAGGCAACCAGCUCUGGGAAUAUGACCCAGUGAAAUUAACCCUACAGCAUGUGAACAGUAAUCAGUGCCUGGACAAAGCCACUGAAGAGGAUAGCCAGGUGCCCAGCAUUAGAGACUGCAGUGGAAGCCGGUCCCAGCAGUGGCUUCUUCGAAACGUCACGCUUCCAGAAAUAUUCUGAGACCAAAUUUACAAGAAAAGAAAAAAUAAUGGUUGACUGGGCUACCUCAGCAUAACAUUUCUGCCACACUCUAAGUAGCAAAAAAGGAAAAGUGCUUUCCUCCUCAGCAGGAUGUAAGGUUUAUCAGCCAUUAAAACUCAGACUCUCCUAGCUUUUCACUAGCUGUGAACCAGCCUUCCUGCCCAGGGACGUGAGACUGUGCACUGAUGUUUACAAGACUGAACGUCGUUCAUCAAGAAUCAUGGUAAAUAAUAGACAGUGAAACAAUCAACAGAAUGUGCUUUCUAGAGAGCUACACCUUUUAUGGUUUGCUUGCACAUCAGUAAUUUCUACUGAAUGUGCUGUCAUAAUGAAGAGAUUUCCAAGGGUUUUUUUUUUCCUGAUUAGAACUGGUUGCCAAUAUAUUAAACAUUGAAAUAAAAAUAAACGAAAAAGAACUGGAACCAGAUUGAGAAUCAUGAAAACAUUUUUACAAUUAAAGGAAACUAUAUUAAACAGGGUUUAAAGGAAAUUAAAACAGAGCUAUGAGAAGUACAAUUUGUUAUAAUAUAGUAUCAAAUUUCUAUAUAGAUUUUAUACCUCAGUGGGGAAAAAAAUAACUUGAUUCCAAUGACAUUCAUUUUGUUUUCAUCUGUGAUAGACAUGGAUGCUUUUAUUUUCCUUGGGGUGCUGAAAAAAAAAAGCUCUUUGAACAUAGUUUUCUUUCUACAGUGUUUAUUUUUUUUUCCUUUUUGGUUUGUGGGAUGUUGGAAUUGUAAUUUUUAAUUGCCUUCUAAAAUUGAGAUUUAGCAUAAUGUCUAAUCUCAGCAAGUUCAAAAUCCCAGUUGCUCUUGUGUCAGCUGGCUUAUCCACACAAAUUUCCUACCACAUUUUCAACUUCUUGAUUGAGCUGAUUAUGCUUAAUACCCAAGAUCCAUACUACUGUACUCCAGAUGCAUUUUCACAGCAAUAAAUCUUCAGUUGUUUAUGAUUCCACAUAACAAAAGGCCUACAGAAGCAAAAUAUUGUUUGGGUAUUAGGAGAUAAUCUGAUGGGUUUUUUUGGAAAAACCUUUUCCACUCCAUACCAGAUGUACUUCGUUGUAAAGUGCAUAUUUAGAUCAAAUUCUUGAAUUGUAAUGUUGAUCUGCUUUUUUAAUAAAAUCAUCCUGAAAUGUUCAGUUGGCACUUUCUUGAUGAGUUAGCAAAAGAAGUGCAGCUGUUACUCCAUUUACUAGUCCUGCAUUUCUUCCCUAAAUUCUAUUUAGGUUUGAUUGAUUUUUCCAAUUUUCAGUACCGCAAAAUCACCUGAGUAUUAAAAGCUAGUUUUUUAAUUUCAUGAAAUAUCUUUGUGACUUUUUUCCUGAUAAUGUAGAUGUAAGACAAUUCAUUGGCGAAACUACGUAUGUUUUCCCAUUUGUAAGAUUAUAUUUAAUGGUUUUUGUUUCAAAGAUUCUUCACUGCAGGCAGUGCUCUUUCUUGUGCCUAAGAAUGUUUCUGAACGUCAUAUCACUAAUGAUAUUUGCCAAGUUGAGUGUACACAAACUUCCUUCUAUUCUAUUCAAAUUAGUCAACAUCAAGCACAAACGGAUGCUAUAGGGUAAGGUUCUAGGACAGAAUGCAGAAACUGUGUGCCUAGUACUUUGAAGUUAAACCGGUGCUGGGUGGGAUAUUUUCCUAUUCCAUGAGUUCUGUGUUCAUUCUGUCUUUGGUAGGCCUAAUGACUGAAUAAAUCAGAUGUCUAAUCAAUAAAUUAUUUUCAUGCUCAGAAUUUCA